UCUCUCUCUCUCUUCAAACGAGGUGGCUCUGCAAUAUUUUGAAAACAACCUUCUCUAACUCUCCCCCCACCAUCGAUACCCAUCCUUCCCAGCAUCCCGGCCACCACCGCCGCCACCACCACCACCACCGCCGCCAAAUUCCUCUCUCAUGGUUAUUCUUAAGCGCCAUUUCCUCCACAUUAAGCUCCCCCAUCGAACACGCAGACCAUUCUCUCUCUGCCGCCACUUCUCUCGCCCCGCGCCCCUCUCUCCAGACCCGCCCGACCCCCUCUUGUUCCUCUCGCUGGUCCUCUCCAAGAACCCACCUCCCCCCUCCAAAUUCCCACUUUCUCUCUCUACAAUCUCUGCAAAUACACUUCACCACCACCUUCUUUCUAUCCACCAUUCUAUACACCCACCCUCUGCUCUCCAGUUCAUUCACUGGGCCUCUCAACAGCCCAACCAAAUCCUUACUGCCCAUUCUCUCUCUGUAUUCAUUCACACCCUUUCUCGCUCAUAUGCUACAAACUCAGCUCGGUUGAUCUUAAUCCGAUUGAUCGACCGGAAGUUCCCCAAUCUCUUUCCAAUCCCUUGCCCCGAGCCCCAUUUGCAAAUUUCUAGAGCUUUGGUCAAGACCCAUCUUCCUGGUUCUUCAGCUCCUGAUCUUUUGAUACAUGUUUAUUGCUCUCAGUUCAAGGCACCACUCCAGGCUUUUGAGGCCUUUCGGAUCUUUCUCUCUCUCGGGUAUGUACCUUCUCUCAAGACCUGUAAUUUCUUGUUGAAUUCGCUUGUUAAAUCAAACGAUUUUGAUAAGUGUUUCAAGGCUUUCGAGCUUAUGUCCACUGCCAGAAUCACCCCUGAUUCUUAUUCUUUUGGUACUCUGAUUAAUGGGCUUUGUAAGGCAAGGAAACUUGAUGAUGCACUGAAGAUAUUUGAGAAAAUGGAGAAUGGGUCUAACUGUUUUCCAAAUGUAAUAAUGUAUAAUACUUUGAUUGAUGGGCUCUGCAAAUCUGGGGACUUAGAUAAAGCAUUUAAAUUUAAACAGAGGAUGAUUGAUAAGGGUCUUGAUCCUACCAUUGUUACUUUUACUGUUCUGAUGAAUGGGCUUGUGAAAGCUGGGAAAAUCGAGGAGGCAAAUUUGGUUUUGAAGGAAAUGGUUGAUAAUCGAUUUCCUGUCAAUGAAAUUGCAUUUAAUGUAUUGAUUGAUGGUUAUUGUAAAUUAAGGGAUAUGAAAGAGGCUCUGAAGAUAAGGGAUCAGAUGGUAUUAAGUGGAAUCUUGCCAAAUGGAGCAACUUAUAAUGCUCUUAUUCAGGGGAUGUGUGAGAUAGGAGAGAUAGAACAGGCAGAAAUUCUCCUUGAGGAAGUGUUGUCAAAAGGAGUUAUCAUAAAUGCUGGGGCGUUUAAUUCGGUAGUUCAUGGUUUAUGUCAAAAAUGCAAGUUGGGUUCGGCUGUUCGGCUUUUUAAGGAAAUGUUGUUCCGAGAUUUGAGGCCUAAUGAGGCCAUAUGUACAAUGCUGCUUGAUAAGCUCUGUAAGGAAGGUGAUUGCAGAGGAGCUUUGCAAUUGUGGUCUAAAUUGUCAAAGAAGGGGUUUAGUUCUAACAUAGUGACUUCAAAUGCACUCAUUAAUGGGCUGUGUAGACCUGGUAAUAUGAAGGAGGCAGUUAGGCUCCUAAAAGAAAUGCUUGAAAGGGGCAUGGUGCUUGACCAUGUAACUUACAAUACUCUGAUUAUGGGUUGUUGUAGAGAGAAAAAAAUUGACGAAGCUUUUAAGCUCAGGGAUGAUAUGAUCAAGAAGGGUAUAAAGCCCGAUCGUUUCACUUAUAAUGCGAUCCUAUAUGGAAAUUGCUUGUUGGGUAAGAUGCAAGAAGCUGAAGUAGUUUGGAAGGAAUGCUUGGAAGCUGGUUUGGUGCCUGAUGUGUUUAUGUAUGGGACAAUCAUAGAUGGAUAUUGCAAGGUUCAGAAAAUGGAAGAGGCAAAACGGCAUUUUAAGGAGAUGGAUGGUCCAGGGUUAGAGGCUAAUGAUGUUGUGUACAAUAGUUUGAUUGGUGGGUAUUGUAAAAUGGGGAACUUGUCUGGGGCUUUCAAGCUCUGCGAUGAAAUGAAGGGUAGGGGCAUAGCACCAACACCUGUGACCCAUUCAUCCCUCAUUGAUGGUAUGUGCAACAUUGGCAAUGUUGAAGAGGCAAGGAACUAUCUGAUUGAUAUUCAAAAUAGUGGUUUUGCACCAGAUAUCAUAUGCUACACUGCACUAAUUGGUGGAUAUUGUAAAUUGGGCAAGAUGGAGGAGGCAGAUGCUGUAUUUCAAGAGAUGCAGGGAUAUGCUUUAGUCCCUAAUAAGAUCACUUACACUGUUAUGAUUGACGGGUACUGCAAGGUUGGUCUAUUGAGAGAAGCUCUCAAGGUUUUAGAUGAGAUGAUGGAAAAGGGUGUUGCCCCUGACCUCGUCACUUAUAAUGCAUUGAUUUAUGGGUUUUGUAAGGAAGGAAAUAUGGAUGGGGCCUUUAAAAUCUGUGAUCAGAUGUCACAGAGAGGUCUGGUUUUUGAUGAUGUUAGUUACACUACCUUGGUCCAUUGGUUGCAUGAUUCUGGUCAUCAAUAUGAAGCUAGUUUAAUAUCUAAAGAGAUGAUGGUUCAAGGUGUUGUUCCUGGGCAUAAUAAUCCAGUUUUCUCUGCUGGCAAUCCUUCAUAAGCAGCAAUGGAAUUUCAGAACUCAAAAUAGUGGUAUGCUAUGCAUAAAACCUCAGUAUAUGCUUAGACUUCCUUAAUCCUCAAGGAUACCAGCGAUAUUUGGGGUCACCGGAUUCUUUGAUUUCUGAGGGGAAGGCUCCUGAAAAUUGCUAUCAUUCCCCUGAUUUGUCUGCCUUGGCGUUUAUAUCAGCGGGAGCAUUGAAUGAAAUGUCAAUACUGCAGAUUGUUCAAAGAAAAGGAGAAAGAAUCUAUACCUGCAACUUCCAUGCAAAGUCUUUUGGUGGGCUCAGGUGGUGCAAAAUUAUGAAUGGUGGAUCAACAUUUGUCUAAUGUUCAGUCAACAAUUGCCUACAGUUGCAGGCUCCAUUCAUUCUAGAUAGUCUCAUGCCUUAAAGUUGCCUGCUGGCAGCAGUCAAGCUCUUUUCUCAUAUGAUUGACGCCAUCACCAGGUUUUAUACUCUUGUCCACUUGCUCCAUUUUUCAUGAAGAUUUUGAGUUUUAGAAUUACCUUCUUGGGGCCACUGGAUCCUAUUGGAACAUGCUUUGUAAACACAGAAUCCAUUUUUGUUCUUUUUGUUCUUAUAUAAUUUGCAUAUAAAGGUGUUAACUUGUUUACAAUUCACUUGUCAUACUAAAGUAUGACUCAUUUAUCAAAUUCAAGUAUGGAUUAGAGGCACUGUAAGAGAGCAGUUGGAAGCAAAUCUGUACUUUGCUAUAACUUUAUCUGUUGUUGGACCAUCUAAAUUCAUUGAUCCACUGUCUCAAUGUUUAUCAGUCAUGGAAUGUUAGAUCUUUUGUUUUUUUUGAGAAAAGGUUAACUUCAUUGAGAAUGAAUGAAUUGCAAUAUAUCUAAUCCUAAAGAAGAUAGUCCCACAGGUUGGGUGCUCAGACUACAAGAGAGACAGAAAGAAAAGAUAAAAGAAGUGAUAGAGUUAGGGGGAGAGACGAAGAGAAGAGGAAAAAAAGGCAAAAGAAAAAGAAAAUACAUGAGAAUAAAAGAUGCAAAUUCGAAAUGAGUAACUGAAUGCCAUAAGGUUAGAGGAAAGGCCCUCCAGUAGUGGUAGCAAUUGUUAGGCCUCUGUAGUAUAAUCAGUAGUGAGUUUUGGACCUUGGCAGCCGACAAAAGAUCUGAUGAGAGCUUCAAACCACUAGAAGCAGGUAAAGAAACAAUUGACUUUGAGAUAAUCAGUAGUGAGGUUUGGACCUCAGCAUCUGACAAAAAGAUCUUAUGAGAGCUUCAAACCGCUGCAAGAUGGUAAAGAAGCAAUUGACUAUGAUUUGUGGUGGCGAUUUCUGAUUUCUGGUGAUGAAGAGAUCAAACAGCAGCAUGGAGUGUAGCGCGCCAAGGAGGUUGAAUUAGCAGGUUCCAAUAUAGAUGAAAAUCCAGCGGACAACAACAGACCACAGCGUGAUAUUCUUCCCUGUAUAGACUAAACCCAAUUCUUUGAGAUGAGAGUAGAUAGGAGGCAAGUGCAAAUGGAGAGGAUGAGAAAGAGAGUGUAUGACCAUCCCUAGAUAUUCAAUUCCCACUACUAAGAGCAGAGAGUGAAUAGGUAAAGGAAGAAAAUAGACAGGAUGAGACAAAGAUUAUAUGAAGGUGGCUGUGGUGGGUUAAAUACAGGGAGAGAUUGUACCCAACUUGGAUAAAGUAGAGGGGCUACAGUGAAUACAGUGAAUACAGUGAAAAGAAGAUUGGAGCUAGAGAUAGAAAAAGGAAGGAAGAAGAAUAAAGGUGAGUGGGAGCACAUCAAUUGAGAUAGAGAUUUAGAAAGACAAAAUUUGGGGAAAGAGACGGAAGAAGAGACUGAGGUUGUGGGGGAAAAGUUACAGAGGUGCAUACCUUAGAAUAAACUCUGAUCGAGGCAUAGUCUUCAGCAACCGGGGCUGUUGAUGAAGAGGUAACGACAGGGACCAGAUGGCUAAUAUAUGUGAGGGCCCACUGGCAUGAAGCGAAGCAAGUUGCCCCAAUAAUCAGAAAGAAACAAACCUCAUAAAAGAUUUUUUUUUUUUUGUGGAGAAGAGGGUGACAUGGGUAAGAAGAAAGAGUUGGGGAGAAGAAAAGAAAGAGAAAGAUGAGGAGAUCAUGUAGUUUGCCUAUUCGAUAGACCGAAAUAGGUUUCUUCCCAUGCCAAUCGAUGAGCUGUUUAAAUGCUUCCCCGAGAAUUUGUGAAAGGAUGCCUUGUCAAGGGAUACCAGUAGAGUAAGCCAAUGUUGAACAGUUGAGGGAGCCAAGACUGCAGGUCGUAGAUGCGAGACUCACUGUGAAACAAUGUAUCAAAAAGCGCUAGGUGGGUCACCACUUUCCAUGACACCCUUUAUCAAUUUGGCCUUUCAGUGAAGGUAUUCUAUAUUUCCCUGUGCCAAAAGAUAGGACAUGGUUACUAUCUAUAUGGUUAAAUACUUUUGCAUGCCUCUUGCGGCUUUCCACAUGACAUAGAACCAUAUUUGGAUUCCAAAGAAAAAUAGCCUAAUGCUCAGUAUCAAGUAGCAAGCAAUGGCUGUUCAUGGUGUUUAUUUAUGCUCUUUAAUAAUAGGAUCUGUGUAUAGCCAGGGACAUAGGGUAUAUCUUGUUUAGAUCUUUUUUGUUGUACUUUAUCAAAAAAAAAAAAGAUUUUUUGUUGUAUAGAUCUUAUGUAAUUCCUACUGGAACAGUUAUAUAUUUAUGAAAGAAAUGAUAGGCUAGAAGAGGGAUGGCAAGCUAUAUAUAAUGUUAAAAAAUGGGUGUGAAGUUGUGGACAUCUGCUUGUCAUGAGAUACUUUAUAGCUAAGACAGAUAGAGUUUUGAAAUGGUCGACUUACUGGUAUCCAUAUGCGUCAAUACUAAAUCAAUACUGCUUAUUCUUAGGAAUCUUUUUUAUUUUCUUUUUUUUUAUAAGAUAUUCUUAGGAUAGGAUAGUUAUAAACUCAAAACUAAGAGCAAAUGUUAUUGUAAGAUAAAUAAAAAAUUAAAUUGUGUAGUAUAAUAUAACAUACCUAAAAUUCUGAUGUCUGAUGUGAAAUAUAUAGUUUCAUGUUCUUAAGUCUUUGGCGUAGUAGACGUAUUGGUUUGGGUGAGGGAGGUCAAGGGUCCGAACCCUUGAAGUUGGUCCUGAAAGACGCAAACAGACUACUUUAGCCUUCAUUUUUGAAAUGUUUAGUUUGGUUAUCUAAGUUAGAAUGUGAAAAUUCUAAAUUAUAUGUCUAGGGCAGGUAAUGUGAUGUAUGUAGAGUUUAAUGUGAACAUAAUUCUUAUGUAAUAGAGAUAUAAAAUACACCGUUGUAGUAUUUCAAUUUUGUGCAUCUAUGUGUGCUUGCAUGUGUGUGAAAAUAAUGUGUAUAUAUCAAUUUGACUAAUAGGAUGCUCAUCUAUAUCUCUUUUGUGAGUUUCCGGAAAUGCUAAGUAACAUGCUCCGGAGUCUAUACAACACUUAUAUCUGUUGUAUUUCUUUCUGAAUUUGGGCAGGAUGUUUUUUAGGCAUUAGAUUUUUAGCAGAUGGUGAUUUCUCUUGUUGUUCGUUUUCUUUUUCGUGAGAUUCAUUAAAGCAAAUAUACUUCCACUCUUGGAACCAGCUUGGUUACAAUGUAAUAACAUAUUAACAUCCCAUGCCUGGUACCCAAACCUAUGGUUCAUGAAAAAUUUCCUUUGUUAUUGUAGUUUUUUUUUGUUAUAUGUUUAUAGGUAAAUUUCCUUUGUUAUUGUAGUUUUUUUUUGUUAUAUGUUUAUAGGUUGUGCCUUCACCUCAAGAUUUGUUUUUGUAGGUUUUAUUUCAACCAUGUUAUAUUCCCAGACUUGCAACUGUACAAAAUUUUUGCCACUCGAUUGUCACAGUGUAAAAAGAUGAGCUUCUCGAAGUAAGAAAAUAGAAUUUUUUUUACAUACUAAACUUCAAAUGUGUGCUUAUACAUUUCUCUUACUGAUGUUUUUCUGAUAAAUAAUCAUUUUACAUUGAGAAUCCGCAUUUGAUACUUAAUAAAGCUGCCAAAAUAUCCUAGAGCAGUUUAUGACUCUUUCUAUUGAAGGAAUCGUGUCGAUAAGUGAUUGAAGUUGCUUUGUCCUUGAAUAUAUUUUUGUUGUGGAAUUGUACAAUAAAAUUUACAGUGUUUUUUUC